AUGUCUUCAUCCUCUUCUUCUGCAUUAGAGCCCUACCAGCUUGAACUGAUAGACCAGGCCAUGUCUAUCGGUGCUCUCACAUUCGGCGAAUUCACUCUUAAAUCAGGCCGCAUCUCACCCUAUUUCUUCAACGCCGGCCUCAUUUCUUCAGGCCUUCAACUAAACAUUCUCUGUUCCGCCUACGCGCACACGAUCGCCCAAGGCCUCUCUUCGCCAACAGACCCCAUUCCCCAAUUCGAUAUUCUCUUCGGACCAGCCUACAAAGGCAUCCCGCUAGCAGCCUGUACCUCCCUCCUCCUGCAAACAACCCACAACAUCUCCACCUCCCUCGCCUACGACCGUAAAGAAGCCAAAGACCACGGUGAAGGCGGUAACUUCGUCGGCGCUCCCGUAAAAGGCAAGAAAGUCUUAGUUUUAGACGAUGUGAUGACGGCGGGAACGGCGGUCAGGAAGGCUGUGGAGAUGAUUAGGAGGGAAGGUGGCGAGGUUGUGGGAAUCGUGCAGUGCCUGGACAGAGAGGAGAUCACGGGUGGCGAGGCAGAGAAGGAGAGAAAGAGCACGGCUAUGAAGCUGGAAGAGGAGUUGGGAGGUAAGGGGAGGGUUAGGGCGAUCUUGAGGAUGAGGGAUUUGAUUACUUGGUUGGAGGAGAAGGGGAGGAAGGAGGAGUUGGAGAAUAUGAAAGUAUAUUUUGGAAAGUAUGGCGCGAAUGAUUAGGUUGGGGUGGAUAUAGGGUAGAAGUUGUUUCCGAGGUGUACGAGUGACUAAAGGAUGCGCGGAAGCAAUGCUGAUGUGGAAAAAGGACAACGAUCAGAUAGAGAGC